AUGGAUGUGGCGUGGCUGACCCCAUCUUACUGGACCACUUUCACCAUUACAUUAUCCUCAAGCGCCCAUAUGCCCCCAUUUCCUUCCUCUAACCUUUCUUUCAUCACCAUGACGAUGCAUAUUACAUCAUCUCACUCAGCUACAACCUAUUCUUCAUACAAAGGAAAGCCCAAGGGACAAACAUGGGCCUUGGGCCUUGGGCCACUAUAUCACAAAGGUUCGGGGUACAAGGAAACAGAUAAUGUUCUGGUAGAUUAUAAGAGUGUGUGGAGUGUGGACCCUUCGCAUAAAGAUGCAAGUGGUGUGGUGGUUUUGGGGAUAAUGAAUGAUGAUACAUGGAGACGGUUGAUUCCAGAUAUGCAUGGAGACAGUCCCCUUGUUGGUCACUUGGUGGUGUGUGCUUUCCUUGGUCGAGCCUUGUAUCAAUCAACCAGAAUGGACAAGGAAGUGGAGCUUGGUUCCCUUGAAGGUGAAGUUUCUACCCAAGACAUUUCGCAACCGGAGAGGCGCAAGGGUGGUCUUGUUACCAUGCCUUUCAUCAUUGCAAAUGAGGCACUUGCGAGUGUGGCAAGAUUGGGCCUUCUGCCUAACAUGAUACAGUACUUGAUGGGGAGCUACAAGCUUCACCUUGCCAAAGCAACCAAGAUACUUCUCUUGUCCUCUGCUAGCAGCAAUUUCACCCCCGUGGUGGGUGCUUUCAUUGCUGAUUCUUAUCUGGGUCGAUUCCUCGCUGUUGCCCUUGGUUCUGCCAUCACUUUUCUGGGAAUGACGCUGCUGUGGUUAACAGCUAUGAUCCCACAGGCACGGCCUCCCCCUUGCAGCCAUGAAGCUGAAGGCUGUAAAUCGGCAACAGGAGGGCAAAUGGCAAUCUUAAUAUCGGCCCUUGCACUCAUGUCUAUUGGAAAUGGUGGUCUUUCAUGCUCCAUGGCAUUCGGAGCAGACCAGUUCAACAGAAAAGAUAACCCCAACAACCGAAAGGUUUUGGAAACAUUCUUCAGCUGGUAUUACGCCUCUGCUGCUAUUUCUGUCAUCAUUGCACUCACUGCAAUAGUUUACAUCCAAGAUCAUGUUGGAUGGAAAGUGGGUUAUGGAGUUCCAGCAGCACUUAUGCUUUUAUCUGCCGUCUUCUUCAUCCUUGCCUCUCCACUUUAUGUAAAGAAUAAAGUACAAUCCAGCUUGUUCACUGGAUUUGCACAAGUGAUUGUUGUUGGCUACAAGAACAGAAAACUUCCAUUACCACCUAUGAACUCCCCUGAACUUUACCAUCGUAAGAAGGACUCAGAACUUCUUGUUCCAACUGAUAAACUAAGGUUUCUCAAUAAAGCUUGUAUUAUAAAAAAUCCGGAACUAGAUAUAGCCUCUGAUGGUUCAGCGUCAAAUCCAUGGAGACUCUGCACAGUAGAUCAAGUAGAGGAGCUUAAAGCCAUUAUUAAAGUAAUUCCCUUGUGGUCUACAGGGAUCAUGAUGUCAGUUAACAUUGGAGGUUCAUUUGGAUUACUCCAAGCUAAAUCCCUGGACAGACAUAUCACCUCACACUUUCAAGUGCCACCAGGCUCUUUCAGUGUAAUCUUGGUGCUUUCAAUAUUUGUAUGGAUAGCAAUGUAUGACCGAGUCAUUCUUCCUCUAGCAUCAAGGUUAAGAGGGAAACCAGUUAGGAUAAGUGCAAAGAGAAGAAUGGGACUUGGUUUGCUUUUCUCUUUUAUCCACCUAAUAGUUUCAGGUAUUGUUGAGACUACAAGGCGAAAAAGAGCAAUCGAGGAGGGAUAUCUUAAUAAUGGCCAUGCAAUGUUGCACAUGUCUGCACUAUGGAUUUUCCCACAACUUAUCUUGGGUGGCAUUGCUGAAGCAUUCAAUGCAAUAGGCCAAAAUGAGUUUUAUUACACAGAGUUUCCUAAGAGUAUGUCCAGCGUCGCUGUUUCCCUUUCUGGACUGGCAAUGGCUGCAGGAAACUUGGUAUCUACUUUUGUAUUCAGUGUGAUACAAAGCGUUACUUCAAGUGGGGGAAAACAGGGUUGGAUUUCAGAUAAUAUUAACAAGGGUCGUUUUGACAAGUACUACUGGGUUCUUUCUGGACUUAGUGCUCUUAAUAUAAUGUAUUACCUAUUAUGCAGUUGGGCUUAUGGACCUACCGUUGAUGAAAUUCGUAAGUUAGGUGAAGCAAAUGGCUCAAAGGACACUGGAUUUAGGAAUGGGGAUGAGGUUGAGAAAGAGUUCAACAUCAGUAAAGAAAAUGGCUCAAAGGAGGAAGUGUUUAACAGUUGA